UCGGUAUAAGGGGGUUCUGUUCUGUUUGCACCUUUGAUAAAAUUUUCCUUUUCACUCACAUAUAGCUCUCCCUCAAAACAUUUUUCUGUUUCCCUUGAGUUCAGGGCGGAUCACUUUCUCGCAUUUUCUCGGCGUUUUUCUCUCCCGUCAAACACUUCUCAAUCUUGUCCUCGUUCACUCCAAAUCAAUCCGAUCGCCUCUAACCGAUAUCUUUCACGCGCCACUUCGGUGUCUUAUGAGAUUGCAGGCAUAAAUUUCCUGUUUGCAUAAAUGCCUGUUGCAAAACUGAAAGCCUUUAACACCACAGAUGUGGUGAAAGCAGAGGAAGAAAAUGAGUCAGUAGACACUCUUAUCGAACAGUCGAUUGGAAAAGAGCCUCUUCUUUCUUUUUCUAGAAAUGGGGACAGCUCAGUUCAGUUGAUCCAGUUACUCCAAGCUUUGGAUCAGCAAGAACUCCCUGGUUGGCCUUUGCUUUCUACUAUGAAGAUACAGUUGCAGAAAUGUGACAAAUGUUCCCGAGAAUUGUGUUCCACUAUUAACUACAGGAGACAUAUACGUGUGCACCAUCGGUUGAAAAAGCUUGAUAAGGAUUCUGCCAAAAACAGGGAUCUUUUAGGAGCAUUUUGGGAUAAGCUUUCUGUGAAUGAAGCAAAGGAAGUUGUAUCAUUCAAUGACGUGAACUUGGAGGGAGUAACAGGGUCUUCUAUAAUAAAGUCAUUGACAGCAGUUAUUCGGAAACCUAUACAUGUUUCUCUCCCUCAACUUUGUGUGAGGGCUGGUUCUGCCCUUCUGGAUAUCGUUCAAGCUAGGCCUUCCAGGUUUCCUAUAUCUUCCCAAGAAUUAUUCAGUAUCCUUGAUGAUGCUAGUGAAAAGACAUUCCUAUCAGGGACAGCAGCAUCAAUGCAAAAAUAUAUAUUUGAUGGUGAAGCUGGGAAGAGUGGUCUUGAAACAAGGAACUUGGUUGCAUGCACCAGCUUUCUGGUGGAACAGAUUUUGGUCAAAGCAUGGCUAGCUGAUAAGGAUGCAGAAGCUUUAAGGUGCCAGAAAUUGUUAGUGGAGGAGGAAGAAGCUGCUCAGAGAAGGCAAGCAGAGCUCUUGGAAAGGAAAAGACAGAAAAAGCUGAGGCAAAAGGAGCAGAAAGGAAAAGAGCAGAGACAUGGGGAGAGAGUAGAUGAUAACGAGAGCACUGAUGGCACAGCUGAGUCUGUGCCUCCACCAGAAACAUCCAGUCCUCUGGCUACAUCUGAUUCUGACAAACAGAAUGCAGAUGCUUUGCCAGAUCAUGUUCCCUCAUCUCUUGAACCCUUCCAACUUGCAAACUCUGAUGAAGAUUUGGAUCAUGAAGUUCAGGCCGGGUCUGGAAAUGGUUAUGCUGAUUUAGGCCCUGGACAGAAUAUUGAACGAUGGAUGGUACAAGGAAGUGGCCGUCCCCAGAAGGUUGUUAUUCAGCAUUAUUUGCCACCAAAAUCACAAGGUAUGCUCAAUGGUUUUCAUCCCAGUAAAAAUUCUCAAGCAUCAUCAAAGCUUGGAGGAGUGCAAAAGCAUGGAAAUUACAGAAAUGUAAGGGCUUCUCCUGUAAUUGGUGGCAAUAAGGUUUGGAGCCAGAAGCCAAAACCUAAAAAUGAUUAUGGGAAUUUGAAACCUAGAGUACUAAAUGAAGCCAUAAACCAACCCCAACAAGAUAAGAACCAUGAGGUUUUGAUUGGCUCGAUAUCUGUCACACUUGCACAUUGUAAUCAUCAUGACGGUAGAAGUGUGGCUGAAGCCCAAGAUGAUUGCAUAGAAGAGCAUCGGAUGCCAAAAAAGAACUACUUUACCGAGAAGCCUAUUCAGUCUGGCACAGACAGGUCAAAUGUUAAGUGUUGGAGACCAGUUAGCCAGCAUGGGACUAAAGUUCCUGCCCCGGUUCAAAAUGGCUGUAGAGAAACUGAAAUGGAUGUGAAUUCUGGACAAGCCAUUGAUCAGACCCUAUCUAGUGAAAGCCAUCUAAGAUUAUCAAUGGAUGAUUAUAAUGAUGGGCCUGGGAGUUCCACUUCACUCAUGGAGGACAGUAUGUGUCCAGGAAGCAUGCAAUUUGAUUGUCAUGCUGCAAAAGCCUUUCUAUCAGAGAGAUGGAAGGAUGCAAUUUCAGCCGAACACGUGAAAUUGAUUCUGCCCCCAGAUCCUGAAUCUGUCCGGGAUCAAGAGUUUGAAAGUAACUGUCAAGCAACAGUAAUGCAGUCAUCAGAUUCUUACAAAUGGCUAGCUAAUGGUGGAUCUCAAAUCUUCAACGGCAACCGGAGCUUCAGCUAAACCCAAGUUGAGAAUAAAACCUAACAAAGGUCCCAAGAUAAAGUAUAUCCCUAAACACCAGAUCUUCACCUGAAGAGGAAGAGAUGCAAUUUCUUUAGCUAUAGAAACGUGCACAGGUAAGUAGCCUACCAUACUUUUAGCAGAGGUUCCAGUUUUUCUGAUGGUCUUCUGUCAGGAAAUUAUAGAAAAGAAAGAGAAAAAAAAGGUUUUGCAGGAAAAUUCAAUUUCAGUCCAAUUUUUUCCCUCAAAGUAUGGUAGGCUACUUACCUGUGCACGUUAAUUUUCCUGUGAAUAUUGGUAUAAUAUAAUAAAUAUAUUAUAUGAUAUGAUAUGACAUAAUAAAUAUCCCAUGAACAAAAUUGAGAAAGGA